AUGGGCAAGGUCCACGGCUCUCUCGCCCGCGCUGGCAAAGUCAAGUCGCAAACUCCCAAGGUCGAGAAGCAGGAGAAGAAGAAGACGCCCAAGGGGCGCGCCCACAAGCGGGAUAUCUACACUCGCCGCUUCGUCAAUGUCACAUUGACAGUCGGUGGCAAGCGCAAGAUGAACCCCAACCCUACCGCAUAA